CCUCACGGCUUCCCCAAAAUGGCAGCGUUUCAGUCGCCACGAGCUGCGAACGCAGCCGAUAAUUGCCGAGCGUCGCCGAGCCCAGUAGAUGCACAAAGCAGCACCACGGGAAACCUCACUCCUGUUGUCCGCCGAGCUGUGCUGUUGUCGCCUUCUGUUCUACCGCGGUCGUUAAAAGGAGAGAAAAGGUGGUUUACCACAAAAAAAAACAACAACACUUCUCUGCAUCCUCAUUUGACGAAGACUGACAAAGAUGAUGAGAGGGAUGGCGUGUGUGUUGCUGGGCAACCUGCUCUUCACGGUUGCAUCAGCGUCGCUGAAAGUCAGAGAAGAACACAGGACGGCCUUCUUCGGCGAAGAUAUUCACAUCGACAUCCCGCCCGGCGACGUCGGCGAGGUGGUGUUCACACCCAGGACCAAUAAGUCCUCCCAUGUGGUUCUUCUUCGCUCGGGCGUAGUGGUGGACCAACGAGGGCGCCUCAAUUCUUUUGGCCACCUGGUGUUGGAGGACGUGCAGGAGGAGGACGAGGGCGUCUACUUAGUCAGCAAAAGCGGCCAUCUGCUAAAGCGCCUUGUCCUCAUCGUCAGAGACUGCGCCGUGGAGCAGGUGGUCAAAUACGGAGACACGUACUACAUCCACUUGAACCAGGUGAAAGGUCCAAUCAGCCUGGAGUUCAGGCCCGGUCCCGUCCUGCACAUCAAUCAUUCAGACCCGCUACACGCUACGGAGCCGCCGGCCGUGCUCCUGUACCCCCAGCCGCUGGGGCUGGCCGACGCUUACGCCGGACGUCUGAGCGUGUCGGAGAAAAGCGUGGCGCUGCACUCGGUCAAGAAGGCGGACGAGGGGAGUUUCACCGUGCUCGACUUUGAGGACAAAGUCCGGAGGAGGAACUGCCUCCACGUGCGAGAGCACCAGGACUUCAUGCGCCCUUCAAAUGGAGAGGACGUGGCCAUGAAGCUCUACUUACCGCAUUCCAACGUCAACGUGGUCUACAGGCCCAAAGCAGCCCAACAGGGCCGGCUGGUCCUUGAGCAGGGCGUUCUGGUGACAGCUCAGGACCCCCAGCUGGAGGGGCGCUUGAAUGCAGAGGGCUCUGUGCUGGUCUUGAAGAAGGUGCGCAUGUCUGACGCCGGCGUCUUCAAAGUCACUGACCUGGCCGGGUUCCCUGUGGCUCACAUCUACGUCGACGUGGUCGCCUCCCAGCUCCCGCCGCUGACGGUGGCCAUCAUGUCCAUGCUGAGCUUGAUCGCCGCCAUGCUGCUGCUCUGCCUGCUGUCCUGCCUCUAUAAAGUCCACAAGAGGAACAAGAAGAACCAGAAGCUGACGCUGCUCGCCCAGCAGGCCAGCAAAGGGGAGGGCGAGGCCUUCAGACAGGUGGUGCAGGAGGCGUACACCAGGUUCGCUGAGGAGUCGGCCGUGCAGUCGGCGUGCGACAACCCAUCAGAGGCCACCGAGGUCGCCAUUAAGGGCUUGGAGGUGUCCAAACCGGGCCGCUACCAGGCUCUCACCUCAGAUGUUAACUUCCUGGAGAUGAGUGACUCUGGAGUUGAGUUCACCUCCUCGGGCCUCCCUCUGGACAGCGACACGGACGCCGUCACCUGCGCCUCCCACAAGCCCCUCCUCAGCGCUCAUUACCUGGGUCGCCGUGACAGCCAGGAGGCCACCCUGGUCCCCGACGGCGACCUGAGCGCCGCCCGAACCCCCGAUUCGGCCACGAUUGCCAGCCCUGCUGCCUCCGGCAAUCACUCAUUCUCCGUGGCGUCGCCCGAGACGCCUCCGGUGGGUGGAGCCGGGUCCGCAGAAAGGGCGGGAGCUGCUGAGGAUGGAGAAGAAGCUGGGCGGAAAGAGGAAGUGGCUCAGAGCACCUGAAAGGUUAUCAACUCGGUCACACGCGUCCAACACAAGAACAAUCAUGGAGCCGGACAUCAGUGUCAACAAGAAGAAGCUUUUCAACGAGCCUUUGCACUUAAAGCACAACAACAACAACGCGGGCAAUGCAUGCGUUUAACAUAACCACGGAUUGUUUAGACUAGGAAAGGACUGCAUGUGAGCCAAAAAACUAGAUUAGAUGAAAAGUUCUCCCCUGGGACUUUGUUGAAGCAGCCCUUCUUGAACGAUGAGAGGGGUGGACGUGAAACGCAAUAGCGUAAUAACUUACUUAUACUGAACAAAAAUAUAAACACAACACUUUUGUUUUUGCUCCAAUUUUUCACGGGUUUAACUAAAAGAUCCAAAAAUUUUACUAGAUGAGCUUCCCUGAGACGGUUUCUCACAGUUUGUGCAGAAAUUCUCUGGUUAUGCAAACCAAUUGUCCGGGCAGCUGGUCUCAGACGAUCAUGGAGGUGCGCCUGCUGGGUGUGGAGGUCCUGGGCUGGUGUGGUUACACGUGGUCCGCGGUUGUGAGGCCGGUUGGAUGUACUGCCAAAUUCUCUGUGCAAUAAUCACGCUGUUUAAUCAGCAUCUUUAUAUGCCACGCCUGUGAGGUGGGGAUGGAUUCUUGGCAAAGAAGAAAUGCUCACUAACACAGAUUUGUGAACAAUAUUUGGGAGGAAUAUGUAAAAGUUUUAGAUCUUUGAGUUUAACCCGUGAAAAAUGGGAGCGAAAACUUAAGUUUUGCGUUUAUAUUUUUGUUCAGUGUAUAUUUUGACACAUACAUACUCACUUUAGGGGGG